AUGAGUUCCUGGCUGGCAAAGUAUCAGGCCUUGACGCCAAAAACAAAAGCUCUCAUCGGCUUUGGCGUCAUGGGCUACGCGGCCUUGGGUUUGUAUCUGUCCGACUCUGCGGAAGAGAAGUUCGGGAUGAAGGCGACUGAGGAGGACAAGGAAAAACUCAAGGCGUUGAUCCCCAAGGUCCACACGAUCGAAAAGGGCGCCUCGCCGCUCGCGAAGGACCGUUGA